GGGCCAAGCGCAGGGCCCCGGACGCUGAGCCCGGCCACAGAUCUGCUGCUCCUUGAGGUACUCAACCACUGGCGGCCAUGACCAGCCUCCCAGUCACGCCUUCCCCAGGAGAACUGAUGACCACACCAGUUCUACAGGUGACUAAGGCCCCAUCCCCAGAAGCUGAAGCCAGCACAGCACUCAUUGCAGUGGUUAUCACAGUGGUCUUCCUCACCCUGUUUUCGGUUGUGAUCUUGAUCUUCUUCUACCUAUACAAGAACAAAGGCAGCUACGUCACCUAUGAACCUGCAGAAGGCGAGCCCAGUGCCACCCUCCAGAUGGAGAGUGACUCAGCCAAGGACAGAGAGAAGGAGGAAUAUUUCAUCUAACAGUUUCCAGCCCCAAGGAGCUUAUUCCUGGCUCCAGCACCAACACGAUGACUGUUUCUAACUUAUUAGCCAAAAGUUUUAUCCGAAGCCAGUGAGAAGCGUUGACUGAUAUGGGCAAAUCCAAGCUCCUUCCAGGACAUAGGCUCAAAUGCCAACAUUGUUGACUCCAGGGACCAGGACAUGGAGGAUGCUGCUUGUGAUGUCUUUAACCAAGCCUUUGUUAUAGGGCUGGUGCUCAUGGCUGGCCAACAAGGUGGAGCUAUGCCAGGGAACAUUUGAUUAUAUAUGCCUAGUCAUCAUCACUUUCAAGUUGAAGAAGGAAAGAGGUAACUGGCUGCUCCACUCUGUCCCUACCUGGUCACCAAGUGGUAGCCCAGUGAAGAUUUUGCCCACAGAAGUCCUUCAGAAGAUGGAUUGUACACUGAAAGUCCAGGUCAGGAGGGGAACAAGACUAUGGAGAUCUUACUUCCUGAUAAAUGUGCUAUAUCCCUUAAUCUGAGCCUUCUUUGCUGUAUUCCUCAACAACCUUGUACUGAUGCUUUUAUCCGAAUUAAAAUUUUUCUGAUACAGAAAACA